AUGGGUGCUCAAAUCGUUGCUAUUGCCGCUCCAGGGUGGAUAGUUGACCAGAUGCCGAAGGUGUAUGUGAACAAUCACGCACUGGCAAAUGAGGAAGAUUAUUAUAGCGAACCGCCAUGCAUGCGCAAGCACGUAUCGCAAAUACACGGGGUGGUCUUGGAUCCAGCACCAGUUCCCACUGACUGGGUGGAUGUAACCCUUUAUUAG